AUGACCAUAGACACGGGAGGAUAACUUCCGGAUCUCAGUUUGUUCAGUUUCGGUUUUUAUUUUGGAUAAACAAUACGAUGCAGCAGCGGGAAGAGAAACAGUUGGAGGCGUCUAUCGACGCCUUGAUAACUCGAGUGGCCCACCUGAAAAACUCCCUGCACAGCUUCAUCUUCAAGCUGGAGAACGAGUACGAAAGACUGGCAUGGCCUUCAGUGCUGGAUAACUUUGCCCUCUUGUCUGGCCAGCUUAACACCAUCAAUAAGCUGUUGAAAAAUGAGAAGACACCUGUCCUGCGCAGCCAGGUCAUCAUCCCUCUACUUCUGUCUCCAGACCGGGACGAAGAGCUGGCUAAACUGACGGAGCAGCGCGUGCCCGUGUUCAGCCAUGAGAUUGUUCCGGACCACCUGCGCACCAAGCCAGACCCGGAGGUUGAGGAGCAGGAGAAGCAGCUGAACGCUGAGGCGGUCCGCAUCGGCCCCGAGUUGGCACAGAAACAGAUACAGACGCUGAACAAGCUGUGCUCGAACCUGCUGGAGAAGCUCAACAACCCUCGGGAGGACCGCGAGUCCGAGAGCGCAGCUUUGCGGCAGAACAAGCAGACGUUCAACCCCACGGACACAACGGCCCUGGUAGCAGCCGUGGGGUUCGGGAAGGGGCUGGCGAAAUGCAGACCCCCUGGGUCCGGGGGCCUGGUCCCCCCGGGGCAGCCCGGGACCGGAGCCAUGCUUCAGGGAGGGCCGACCCUGCAGCAGGUCACCAUGCCUGGCACUUCCAACCCACAAGCGGCUAUCGGCGGCCCCGUUCCCCAGCAGCAGCAGGGCCAGCCAGGGAAAAUGCCAAGCAACAUAAAGACAAACAUAAAGUCGGCUUCGAUGCACCCUUACAAUCGCUGAACCCCAGGAUUUCCAGCGGGAUCUGAGAAUCUGAGACUGGCUGAUCCUGGCCAGGCGCUACAUGAGAACAGCAAGAGCCUUGUUAUUCUUUCAGCGCAGAGACUCCCGUCGCUGUCCAGUAUGUCCAGUACUCUACUGGCACAGAACUUUCUGCCAUUUAUACAUGCAUGAGUAUCGAGGAUACAUGAGUAUUUCCUUGACUUCAGCAUGGACAGCUCCGCUCAGACUCUACAGCUGUUUUGUAUCUUCACAGGCCAUCUAUAUGCGUAAAUUACAAUAAUGCUGGUUUGAAUUUUUGUAAUGUAUUUUGGGAAAAAACUAUCACUAGAUAUAGAUGAAAAAAAACCUUUAGUUGGAAUUAUUGUGGAUUUCAAUUACACAGACCUAUGUUCUUCCUUUUGUUAUUAUUAAUUAAAUGUUUAAAU